AUGGGUGGCGUCCCACCCACUUCCAGGCUAUCAACUCUUGAUCCUGAACCUGCAGUUGCCUACGGCUAUGCUGUCGCAAAUAACAAUUCUCUUGAUACGCCUACGAAACUAAAGAAGAAACAAAAGGAGUUGGAAGCUAAGGAGGCUGAAUUGAACAAGAGGGAACAGAUCCUCAGACGAAAAGAAGAAGCACUAGCCAAAUCUGGUGCUGUCAUUGAAGAUAAGAACUGGCCUCCAUUUUAUCCCAUUGUUCGUCAUGAUAUUGCUGGCGAUAUACCAAUCCGCCUUCAACGAAUACAGUAUAUUGCAUACGCAACAUUAAUAGGAGUGCCAGUUUCGCUUUUUUGGAAUCUUUUAACGACUGUAGCAAUAUUCACAAGUGUAAAAGCCGACGGCAUUGCAUUCUUCUUCUCUGCCGUCUACUUCUUGUUAGGACCCCCUGGAGCCUUUUACUUUUGGUAUCGUCCACUCUAUCGUGCGUUUAGGUAA